AUGGAAUACCCGAUGGACAUGGACGUGGAGUCCACAGGACCCCAAAUAACUGUUCGAGAGAUGACAGAGUCCCGCGUUGACUUCAAACUGAGCUCCAUUGAACUCUCCUUCGCCAACUCACUUCGCCGCGCCAUGCUUGCCGAAGUCCCCACAGUCGCACUCGACCUAAUCGAGAUCGAACACAACAACUCAGUUAUUCCCGAUGAGAUGCUUGCCCAUCGUUUGGGUCUGAUUCCUAUCGUUUCGACAAAUUGCGACAGGGAUCUCGAGUACACUCGCGAUUGUACCUGCGAGGAGUUCUGCCCGCGCUGCAGCAUCACUCUUUUGCUGCAUGCGCGUUGCGAGGGAGGUAUCUUGCCAGUGUAUGCCCGGGAUCUAUUCCAGACAGGAGAGCGCGUUAAUGACACGAUUGGCAACCCUGUAAUUACGGAUCCAGAGCAGAAGGGCUCUUUGAUCUGCAAGCUGCGAAAAGGUCAGGAGAUCAAGUUGAUGUGCUUGGCCAAGAAAGGAACCGCCAAAGAACAUGCCAAGUGGGCGCCGACUUCCGCUGUUGGCUUUGAGUAUGACCCGCACAAUAACUUGCGCCACGUCGACUACUGGUAUGAGCAGGAUCCUAUCAAGGAAUGGCCUAUCUCCGAAAAUGCUACUUGGGAAACAGCUGCCAACCCUGAUGACCCUUUUGACUAUGACGCCGAGCCUGAUCGCUUCUACUUCGACGUAGAGAGCAUCGGAAACCUCGAACCCGACAUGAUUAUUCAGCAAGGAAUCCUAGUUCUGCAGCGUAAACUCGCUCUUGUUAUUUCCGAAUUGACUGGGGAGGGUGGAGACCGUCCUGCGGAGGAGAUGAUGGGUGCGGUCGACCAAGACGCAUAUGAGCCGCCUGAGGGUAUUGAUGGCAAUUUGACAUCAUAUGGAAACGGUGCUUCCAGUGCCUGGGGUGCCAGUGCGCAGACCCCGUAUGGCGCCACUCCCUACGGCCAGAGUUCGUAUGGUGGUGGAUUUUAA